AUGCCGAUGGCCCCGGCAGGCAGCGCGGCCAGGCCCCCGCUCGCGGUCUUCGCGGCGGGGCUCGCCUGGAUCAGCUGGCGCGCGGCCGAGGUCGGCUGGGCGCCCGCUGGGCCUUGGUCUCCGCCGCCGCCUCCGCCCGCGGUUGCGCUGGCGGCUGAGGGCUGGUGCCUCGAGGGCGCGCCGGCCUGGCUGGAGGCAGUCUGCCCGCCAGCGCAGGAGUGCCCGGCCUGCCCCGCUCGCGCGCGCCCGCAGGUGGACCUGCCUGGGCACUCGGAGACGGAGCUGCUGAUCUGGCUCGUCGGCUCGCCGCUGCUGACGCAUCUGAUCGGGCUCGGGCCUGUGGAGCUGCGCGAGGGCAUCCUGCGUGGGCUGCGAGCCUGCGAAACCGAGUGCCGCGUGGGCCAGCGCCCCGUCAUGCCGGAGCUCGCGCGUGACCCUGGCGGCGAGCUGGCGCCGAUCGUUCGGCUCUUUGGCGGCUCCUUCCCGCCGAUGCGGAGCCGACCCCCAUCCAUGGCCAUCGGCAGCGAGGUGGGCGUUCGCAGAGCUCCCUUCGUCGAGGCGACUAGCGGGCACGGGUUGGCUUUUUUGGACGAGGGAUACGCGCGGGCGGUGCAGAUGCGGAUCGAGGACAUACCUAUACCUGCCUAUGCUGAGACACGGGCCGCCGGCCUACGCCAGCUGCUGGGCGCUGCUUCUGCUGGCGCAGGGGUUGGCCUUCGCGACCGCCUCGGCCGGCCGCCGUUGUCGGGCCCGGAGGAGACCCCCUCGGCCGCCGAGGCGGUCGCGCCGAUUGAGGGCGAGGAUGUCAGGCUGCUGGCCGCGGACUUCGACGGGCAGGGCGAACGUUUCAAACCCUGGCGCGAGGCGGUCCACGAAAUCACCCAGGAGGAGUUCAGCGACCAACCCCUGGACGCGCCACCCAGCGCCCUCGCGACGUGCAAGAGCAUGCCGAGGGUGGGAGUGGCCCACGAGCUGCGCUGCAUCUGCGAGGAUUUGUACAUGGCCGGCUGCUACGACCAGGUGAACUUGGGAGGACUGAUGGUGCUGGAGGUGCUCUGCAACCGGCUGGCUGGCAUCGUUGCCGCUCGCUCCAACCCGCAGCGUGUGCAGUGGGAGCUGGCGAAGUACUACACAGCCGGUUUUCAGGGGGCUGGCGGCCGCCCCGGACUGGCGGCCUCGCGGGGGCAGCGGGGCCUGUUCCCGCUUCCUCUGCUGGCGCCAGACUCGGCGUGCCCUGGGCGCGGGCGAGGUCGUCUGUCUAUGGCGAGUGACGCGCUGAAAGCAUUGAACUGGAUGGCAGGCAGCAAGGGUUUGUUGUGGGCUGAUCGCGGCCCCGACGUCGUGCCCGACUCGAUGCAGGCUGACGCCCAGGGAAGGGUGCGUGAGUUGGCUGACAGCUGGCACCCGCGCCCGUCCCACCUCAGCGACGAGGCGGCUCUGAGGAAGCUGCUUCAGGGACACUCCCCGUGUCGGGCGGCGGGUUGUCCGACAAGGGCCACGUCCUCCAAGCUCGACCUCGUGAGUCUGCUAGGCUCAGUGCAGGAGUGUACACUAAUAAGGGACGUGGCGCCCCUGGAGGUCAUCGGAUUCUUGGAGGACUAUCAAGAGCGCAUGCUGGCGCCAUCGAUUGACGUGUACGAGACCGCCCCCUACUUCGAUCCUGUCCUGAAGUUCAAUCAGAAAGUGGGCCUCUUCACGGUGGAGAAAGACGGCGGCGCGGCCCAGCGCCUCAUCGUCGACGCCAGGCGGGCCAACGAGUGCUUCAAGGCUCCGCCAGGCGUGUCUCCGCUGUGUUCGGAGGAGCUCUCCCGCGUGGGGGUGGAGCUGCCUGCCGACGCGCCACUGGGUUCCGAGCGGGCUGUCGAGCUGCUGAGCGACUUCUACCUGGCGGUCGGACUCUCCGACGUCUCGAACUGCUUCCAUCGGCUGCGCGUGCCUGCGUGGCUGUCUGAGUCUGUCGGCAGGGCGCUCGAGCAGCUGGGGGGGGGCUUCAACCGCGAGAGCCUGCUGCUGCACAAGUCUGAGCUCUCGCGGGCGGGCAUCGUGGCCUUGGGCACGGAGCUAGACGGCACCGCCUUGAGGACGCGGGUCACGCCUCAGCGCCUCUGGAACAUCUACGCGGCGCUGGAAGAACUCUUGAGGCGCAAGCGGGCUAGCGCCUGGUCCGUGCAGGUGGUCCUCGGCCACUGCACUUUUGCUGCCCUGUGCUGCCGAGGGCUGCUCAGCGUCUUCCACUCGGUGCGCGCGCUCGUGGAGCGCGGCCAGUCUCUCAUGAUCUUCGUGGUGAGCGACAGGCUGCGUUGCUGGAACGAUCUGGUGGUGCAGAUCGACAGCAGCCUCGAGGGCUACGCCGUGGCGCAGGCCUUCUGGCCCCUGGACGCCGUGAGGGAGGUGGGCCGCACCUCCGAGCGCCAGCGCUUCCGGCGAGUCGGGUCUCACCGUGCCCGAGAGAGCGCCCUCGAGACCGCGGGAUUCAGGCAGCAGGCGGGCGGGGGCUGGUCAGUCGCCUCGGGGGCAGAUGAGUGGGACUGCGACGAGCCGCCCUCGGAGGCGGCGCGAGACUGGGAAGUCGACGACCAGUCUUUCCCAGAGGUGCCCGCCAGUCUCUUGAAGCCAGAUCUCCGGCGAUUGGUGAGAGUGCAAAAAUGGAAGAGAGUCGAAGGCAUUCUUAUCAAGGAAGCUCGAGCCUUAGUGAAAGGUCACGCGUCUCUGGCCAACCAGCGGAGGACGACGCUCCGCCCGCAGGACGUCCAGCUGGCCUUGCGCGAUCGCUUGGGCUGCAGUCGCCAGGAGCUCGCCCUCCCCGAGAACGACGAGCAGCUGAGCCGCGGGCCGACGCUGGCCGACGUCGGCGAGAGCAGCAGCACCGACGACGAGGCGAGGCCUGGGCCCGGCGCCGGUCGGCGGGCAGUGCUGAAGCGCAGGGGCCACCAGAGGCGACGCAAGUUCCUGGACCUCGCCCUCGCGACCGCCGCGCUGGGAACGACCACCUUCUUCGAGCCGAGCUCGGUGACUCCGAAGGUGCUGGAGCGAUGCGAGACCGAGGUCGGCGGCUUCAUCGGCUUCGUGGGCAGUCGUCCACUGGUGCGCGACGAGAAGGCAGACGCCACGCUGGUGGACUACUUCAACUUCCUGUUCUCCAUUGGCUGGGAUGCGAACAAGGGCGAGCAAGUCCCGGCUGGCCCGGUGUGCCUGGCGCCGGAGUUCUCGCGGGCUGCUUGGCGGCUGGUGGAGCGGGGAUUGUUGCAGAUGGCUGCGUUCCUUCUGGUAUCGAGCGGGGCACGGGAGGAGUCGGUCUGGACGUUCACGUACCCGCAGUACCUGAUGGAGUUCAAAGCUGCGCUGGCCGAGCUCGAGAUCAGCGAGACCAUCGGGCCGUAUCAGACGAUGCACUCGGGUCCGUCGAUCGACAUCGCGCGACGCUACCGCACCGCGUCAGAGGCCGCACGGCGUGACGCUCCCCUGGCGGGCCACUUCAAGGGUCGGUACAUCCUCGACCUCUACUCGGGCACCGCGGGGGUCGCCCGAGCGGCGGUCCAGCAGGGCCGCAACGCUCGCGCGUUCGAUCGUGCCCGCGGACCAGCAGAGGACAUGACCAGCGAUAGAGUGCUGAGCCGGCUGGGCGCUGCGAUACGCCGAGGCGAAGUGCUGGGGGCAGCCAUGGGCCCGCCGUGCGACGACCGGGGGGGCGCCGCGGAGCAUGGCGUGGUGGUUGAGGUUCCCCAGGUCGAGUUCCACAAACUGACCAACCUGGUCCCAAAGGUGACAGUGGUUGAGGAGCCGACGCUGGUUGACGUGCCCUAUGUGCAGACUGUGACCGAGGCUCGCCCCAAUCUAGUGCGACAGGACUUGCAAAGGCACGUGCCUCGUCUGACUGUCCGCGAGGAGCUUCAAGUGGUGCCGAAGCCAGUGACACGGGUCGUGGAGGAGACCGUGCAAGUGCCUGUGGCAUCGCCACCAAGGCCGAUUGUGCAUAUCAAGGCGAAGGUCGAUGUUGUCGAAGACGUGCAACAGGUGAAGGUGCCCACCCAGGUGAUCAGUUCUGAGGAGGUAGUGGAAGUGCCCUACGACUUGUACGUCGUGCGAGAAGAAGUACAUCUGAAACCUCAAAUCGAGCGCAUCGUGAAGGAUGUGGUCAUCCCAUAUGCUCAAGAGGAGAUCGUGGAAGUUCCUGAAGAGAGAGUGUCGACAAGAGUUGUUGAAGUACCGCAGUUCACGACAAUCGUGAACCGGCGGCACAUCCCCAGUUUCGUCAAUGGCACUGGGAAGCCAUCACCAGCAGUGACGCGGGAGGCCAUGGCUGCGCAGGAAGCCCACGAGGAGCGCUUGUGGGUUGAGGUGAACGAGUUGCGGGUCAAGAACGAGCAACUUGCGGAGCACUGCAGCCAGCAGAAGCUGGAACUCGAGCAGUGCCACGCACGAGUGAACGCGAUGGUGGACGAUCUGUCCGAAGAGAAGAGAAAGCAGUUCGAGCUAUCCGUGAAGCUGAAGGCGGCCAGCGGACACAGCUACGCUGGAAUAGUCACGACGGUGGUCAAGCAAGCAUAUUCCCCGACUGCGCCAGCGGCCUGCGGCGACUCGUGCGCGCCCACUUCGGCGCUCCUGGACCAGGUGCCCCAUAGGGGUGCCGCCGCAGCAGCAGAUCCCGUCCCGCAUGAUGCCUGCAGGGCGGACGCCUCCGCCUGA